UAGUUUCAUUGUUUUAUUUCUAGUAGAUCAUCACCUGAUUUACGUCGCUUUUUUCAUCAUUUUGUUAUCUUUCGAUCAUUCAUCGAUAUUGUUCUGUGAAUAUGAUCUGAAAUAUAUUUACACAUACAUGUUUAGGGACACUAUAUAAUAUACUUAUCCUGAUUUAGUUUGUUUUCUCUUCACACUAGCAUUGUUAUUGUCUUUUCGUUGGUAGAAGACAUGGCGGAAGAUUUAUGCAGCAACGCGAUUGAAGGACUGAAAAUGCUUCUCAGUGAGAGACAUGAUCUUGCAGCUGUCGCGGCUGUGAAGGUCAAGCAACUCACGGCGGAUUUGGAGGCGACCACUUCUGUCGAGAAGAUCAAGACCGGAUUUGCUCAUUUCAAAACAGAGAAAUAUGAAAAGAACCCGAGUUUGUAUGAAGAGCUGGUGCAAGGACAAACGCCCAAGUUUAUGGUAUUUGCCUGCUCGGAUUCUCGGGUUUGUCCAUCCCACAUACUAGAUUUUCAGCCGGGUGAAGCCUUUAUGGUCCGUAACAUCGCAAACAUGGUCCCACCAUAUGACAAGACAAGGUAUUCCUGUGUAGGGGCAGCUAUUGAAUAUGCAGUAGAGCAUCUGAAGGUAGAGACUAUAUUAGUCAUUGGACACAGCCGAUGUGGUGGGAUUAAAGGCCUCAUGUCUAUCCCAGAUGACGGGACCACUUCUUCUGACUUCAUAGAGGAUUGGGUUAAAAUAUGUUCAACUGCUAGAAGCAAGGUGAAAGAAGAACACAAAGGGUUGGAUAUUACAGAACAAUGCAGCAAGUGUGAGGUGGAAGCUGUGAAUGUGUCACUUGGGAAUCUGUUGAGUUACCCUUUUGUUAAAUCAGGAGUGUUGAAUAGAACACUUAACUUAAAGGGAGGAUACUACAACUUUGUCAAUGCUACUUUUGACAUUUGGUGUCUUGAUCAUGGUGUUUCGCCCCCUCUUACCGUUUGAGUUCUUUUUUUUAUGAUCAAAUAAUAUGUGUUACAUGUUGGACAUUUAAGGAGUAGACUAGAAACCAUUUAAAUUACUUGUUUGAAUAAACUGUACUAGGAGAAAGAUAAUGUCUUUCUAUGCCUUGUAUUAAUCUGUA